GCUCGCCCUCCCCUCCCCUCACAGCAGGCAUGAUGGCGGAAAUACUGUAGUAGACUUCGGGACGAGCAGGAAAAUUGCACUACCCGCUCUCAUUUAUCCUUUGUAAAUAGUUAUUUAUUGAUUUAGAGGGAUAUAUAUAUAUAUAUUUGUUUUUCUUCUUCUUCCGUAUUCCACCACCACAACGCCAUGACACGUUGGGUUCCCACUAAGAAGGAGAAGUACGGCGUGGCCAUCUACAAUUAUGAUCCCAGUGGUGAGCUGGAACUAUGUUUGCAGGUUGGGGACACUGUGCACAUACUCGAAAAAUUGGAAGGCUGGUAUCGGGGAUACACACUACGAGAGAAAUCGCAUAAGGGAAUUUUUCCAUCUUCUUACAUCCACUUAAAGGAGGCUUCAGUUGAGGGAAUAGGCCAGCAGGAAAUAAUUAUUCCAGCAGAUUUACCACUGGUGCAGGAGCUCGGGGCUACUCUGAGGGAAUGGGCGCAGAUAUGGCACAAGCUCUUUGUGGCGAACAAAGCCUCCCAGUUCCGGAGUGUUCAGCAGAUGGCCUACAGUCUUAUAGAGUAUCGAUCACAGAUAGUGUCUGGAACACUACCCAAGGAUGACCUUGUAGAACUAAAAAAGAAAGUCACUGCCAAGAUAGACUAUGGCAACCGGAUUCUGGGGUUGGAUCUGGUUGUGCGAGAUGAAGCAGGAAACACACUGGAUCCUGACUGCACAAGCACUGUCAGUCUGUUCCGUGCCCAUGAGACUGCUUCCCGUAGUGUUGAUGACAGGAUACAAGAGGAGAAGACACGGUUACAAAAUCUGGAAAUGAGGCGCCAGGCUCUGUUUAGUACUGUCCACACCUAUAGUCUCCUCAUGAACCUGAAAAACUUUGUGUGCAACAUUGGAGAAGAUGCUGAGCUGCUCAUGUCUCUUUAUGACCCAGAUCAGUCAGAAUUUAUCAGCGAGAACUUCUUGGUCCGGUGGGACAGUAUGGGGAUGCCUAAAGAAAUUGAAAAACUCAACAACCUGCCAGCACUCUUCACGGAGCUUAGCAGAAGUGACCUGAUGAGGCUGCGUCUCUUCCUGGUGUGUCAGAUCAUCAGAGUAGGAAGCAUGGAGCUGAAAGAGGGGAAGAAACAAACAGGCGGACUAAGGAGACCAUUUGGUGUGGCUGUGAUGGAUAUAACAGAUAUCGCUCAUGGCAAAACAGACGAUGAGGACAAGCAGCAUUUCAUCCCUUUUCAGCAGAUAGCAAUGGAGACUUACAUCCGUCAGAGGCAGCUCAUCAUGUCUCCCCUCAUCCCAUCUCGAGUCAUAGGAGAGAAUGAGCCACUCACUGCUGUUUUCAACAAAGUCAUUGCCACGAGGGAGGUCAAUCACAAAGGCCAGGGGUUAUUUGUGACCCUGAAGCUGCUUCCAGGGGAUCUCGCACAGGUCAGGAAGGACUACCCUCACUUUGUGGACCGUAGCACAGCCAUCGUCAGAAAAAUGGGCUUUCCAGAAAUCAUCCUCCCAGGGAACGUGAGGAAUGAUAUUUACGUAACUUUGCUGCAGGGAGAGUUUGACCGUGGUAAGAAGAAGACCCCCAAGAAUGUGGAGGUCAUACUGAGUGUGCAUGAUGAUGAAGGCAAUGCCAUGGAGAAGGCAAUAUUUCCUGGGGCUGGUUACGAUGGUAUCACAGAGUACAAGUCUGUCAUUUACUACCAGGUGAAGCAACCCUGUUGGAAUGAAACAGUGAAGGUGACAAUUCCCAUUGAAGACGUGUGCCGCUGUCACCUGAGGGUGAUGUUUCGACAUAGAUCCUCCCAGGACUCUAGGGACAAAUCUGAAAAACCCUUUGGUAUGGCUUUUGUCCGCCUAAUGAGAGGAGAUGGGACAACACUCAGGGAUGGAAGGCACGAGCCUAUCGUCUAUAAGGUUGACAUGAAAAAGGCAGAUGAUGCAAAGGUUUAUCUGGCCUUGCCAGGGACCUGGGCUGAAGUGAGGGAGAAGGAGAAACAAACAGGAAAGCAGUUCCACCAUUCAGGAGUGAUCCUUGUCACUAAGGACAGCUUCCAGAUUUCCACACUUACCUGCUCCACUAAACUUACUCAGAACGUUGAUCUCCUCGGCCUGUUGAACUGGAGGUCUAACCCAGACGAUCUUGACCAGAUCCUGCAGAGGCUGAUGGAGGUCGAAGGCGGGGAGAUAGUCAAAUUUCUCCAGGACACUCUGGAUGCUCUGUUCAACAUCAUGAUGGAGACGUCAGAAAAGGACACCUAUGACACACUGGUGUUCAACGCCUUGGUUUUCAUUAUCACGCUGAUUGGUGACAUCAAAUUUCAGCACUUUAACCCAGUCCUUGAAACCUACAUUAACAAGCAUUUCAGUGCCACUUUGGCCUACAUGAAGCUUACCAGGGUGCUCAACCACUAUGUAGGCCAUGCAGAAGAGCCUUUUCUGACUGAGAAGCUCUAUGUGGCACUCAAGGCUCUCAAAUAUUUGUUCAGGUUUAUUGUCCAGUCACGGAUCCUUUACCUAAGAUUCUAUGGAAACAGUGAAGAUGGGGAUGCUUUCUUCAACUCGAUUCGUUCUCUAUUCCUGUCAUUCAACACUCUCAUGGACAGACCACUUGAUGAGGGAGUGAAAAUAAAGGGGGCGAUAUUGAAAUACCUCCCCAGCAUCAUUAAUGACAUCCAGUCGGUUUUUGAUCCUGUGGAGUUAAGCAUUCUGCUCACAAAGUUUAUUGAGAGCAUUCCUGACUCUCAGCUUGUGCGUCAGAAGCUGGGCUGCAUGUGCAAAAUGGUGGAGAGUGACCUUUUCAUGCAGCCAGAUUGUCGAGAUGUGCUUCUGCCUCUUGUCAAUGACCAGCUGAGUGGGCAGCUGGAUGAUCACUCCAGUAAACCUGACUAUGAGGCCUGUGUACAACUGCUUAGCACGAUGUUGGACAUUCUGGAUCGCAAGGAUGUGGGUCCGACCAGAGGACACGUUCAGCUGAUCAUGGAACGCCUGCUUCGCAGGGUUAAUCGCACUGUCAUAGGCAUGGACAGAUCUUCCCCCCUCAUUGGCCACUAUUUGUCCUGCAUGACAGCUGUCCUGAAGCAGAUGGAUGACAUGCAUUAUGCCCACUAUAUCGGCACCUUUAAGACGAGACAGGAUAUCAUUGACUUCCUCAUGGAGACGUUCAUCAUGUUCAAGGACCUCAUGGGGAAGGUCUUUCCUGCGGAUUGGAUGAUUAUGAACCUGGUGCAGAUGCAAGUAUUCCUGAGGGCCAUCAACCAGUAUUCUGAUGUCCUCAACAUGUAUUUCUUAGACGAAGCACAUUUCGAACUCCAGCUGUGGAAUAGCUACUUUCAUUUGACCGUGGCAUUCCUCACCCAUAAGACACUGCAACUUGAAUCCUUCUCUCAAGAGAAACGAAACAAGAUACUAAACAAAUAUGGUGAUAUGAGGAAGACAGUUGGCUUUAAGAUCAGAGAUAUGUGGUACAAUCUUGGCCCCCAUAAAAUGAAGUUCAUCCCAGCCAUGGUUGGACCUAUUUUGGAGGUCACUUUGGUGCCUGAGUCUGAGCUGAGGAAGGCCACAAUUCCCAUCUUCUUCGAUAUGAUGCAGUGUGAGCACAAUUUCAGCCCCGGGCGCACAUUUGAAACGUUUGAAAAUGAACUGAUAACAAAACUGGAUCAAGAGGUUGAAGGAGGUAGAGGAGAUGAGCAAUACAAAGUCCUGCUGGAGAAAACGUUACUGGAGCACUGCAGACGCCACAGAUACCUGUCACAGUCGGGUGAGGAGCUGGCGCUUCUGCUGAGCAGCCUGUUGGAGAAUCUCCUGGCAUACCGCACCAUCACACAUGAUGAAAGUCCUGAACAUCGCAUGAGCUGCACUGUCAAUGUGCUGAAUUUCUACAAGGAAAAAAAGAGGGAGGACAUUUAUAUCCGGUACUUGUACAAACUGCGGGAUUUACACCUGGACUGUGAAAAUUACACAGAGGCCUCCUACACUCUGCUGCUACAUGAGGAAUUACUUGAGUGGUCUGACAAAACCUGUGCACCUCAUCUGAUUCCUCGAGAUGGGAAGCAUGUGUGGACACAACAGGAGUUGAAAGAAAGACUUUUCCAGGAGAUCAUAUGUUAUUUGGACAAAGGAAAGAUGUGGGAGAAGGCCAUUGAACUUGGCAAGGAGCUGGCGCAGAUGCACGAGAGUCACAUGUUUGACUUCAUGGAGCUCAGCCAGCUGCUGAAAAAACAAGCAGAGUUCUAUGAAAAAAUAAUGCACGCCAUGCGACCACAGCCGGAGUACUUUGCUGUUGGCUAUAACGGACUUGGAUUCCCUUCUUUCCUCAGGAACAAGAUGUUCAUCUACAGAGGCAAAGAGUAUGAGUGGCUUGAAGACUUCAGUUUAAAACUCCUCUCUCAGUUCCCAAAUGCUGUCCGCAUGACCAGCACAGCGCCACCUGGAGUCAACAUCAGCAACUCUCCCGGACAGUACAUCCAGUGUUUUACUGUCAAGCCAGUGCUCAUUGUGCCACACCGGUUUAAAGACAAGGGUGUUCCAGAGCAGAUAUUAAAUUAUUAUCGAACCAAUGAAGUGGACCAAUUCCAAUAUUCUAGGCCCUUCAGAAAAGGUGAAAAGGAUCCAGACAAUGAGUUUGCAACUAUGUGGAUUGAGAGAACCACGUACAUUACUGCCUAUCGCUUCCCUGGUAUUCUGAAAUGGUUUGAAGUCAAAUCAGUCUCUGUGGAGGAGAUCAGUCCCUUGGAGAAUGCCAUAGAGACCAUGGAGAUGGCCAAUGAAAAGCUGAGUAACCUGGUGCAGCAGCAAGCCUGUGAUCGCUCGUUGUCCAUCAACCCGCUGUCCAUGAUGCUCAGCGGCAUCGUUGAUCCCGCUGUCAUGGGUGGCUUCUCUAACUAUGAGAAGGCCUUUUUUACUGACACCUACAUCCACGAACACCCUGAAGACCAUGAGCGCAUUGAGGUCCUGAAACAUCUCAUUGCCCUGCAGAUCCCUGUCUUGGCAGAUGGCAUUCGCAUCCACGGGGAGAAGACGACAGAGCAGCUGAAGCCCUUACACAACCGCCUGGUUGCUUGCUUCCAGGACCUUCGGGAGAAAGUGGAGAAGCAUUAUGGUGUUAUAACCUUGCCCUGCUCUCUCACAGAGAGAAAGAAGAGUCGCGUGGGCUCGGUAGUGAUGCCCUACAUCCUGUCUUCCACUCUGCGUCGCAUGUCCACUGUCUCUACUCUCUCCAACGCCUCCUCAGCCCUCUCCAGUGGCUCUGCAUCCUCGGACGGACACUCGGGCAUUUCUUCCCAAGAUUCCUUGUUGUCCCGCCCCAGCGAUCGCAGGACCUCAGUGUUGUCCCGCUCAGAGGAGGACAACAGGAUUGCGAGAAAGAACAGGAAGGAGUGGAGCGUGAGCAAGUCCCAGGUGCUGCUGGAGAGACAGUCGGAUGCAGAUGAGAGUCCCGUGGAGAAGCAGCAGAGGCCCAAGAGUUUACAGUUGGGCGACAGACGACUGACGCUCUCCUUGUUCCAGGGUGUCUCCUCCCAGCUCAGCCUGUCCAACCCUCUCAGUCCUCUACCUGCCUCUCCUCACACGCCUCACACACCACGUAGCUCAAGUUUUUCAUCACUGCUCAGUGACAAUGAUGCCAACGCCAUUGACACCCCCGGGACCCCCCCACCAAUGCCUCCAAAGAAACACCCGCAUGAGAUUGACAACGCUGCGUUCUCUUCAGAGUUCAUUCCACCGCUGCCAAUGAAAAUUGAUAGCAAGCCUCCACCGCCGCCUCCCAAAACCCGGAAGUCCAUGUUCCCCUCAUAUGAGCACAGCCCCCAGUAGGGCCGCACAGACCGGAAAGUGAUGCUGUCAUAAAGUACAGCUUCAUUUGUCAGAUGGUGGAACACCACAAUUAGCAACAGAUGCAGGAUCAUCUAUGUCAUGUAUUUACAGGACUUCGGGGUCUUUGAGAGGUUUUUUUCUGCCAAGUUAUUAUUGAUGCCAAGCCGCUAGUUUUAAAGGUCUUUUUACAGACAAGGUGGAAUACUAUCUUGGGUAACAUCCAUUUUUAUGAAAUUGUACUAUUUUAUGAUUUUCUUUUUUUCGAUCACAGAGAAAAAGCUUGAUGCUGCUUAAAUGCGUUCCAUAUUUUAACAGGAAAAGCCGUAUUGCAUACUUAAUCGCGAGCAGGGAACACAAUGUAAAUGUUACUGUCUGUUCUAGUUGUUUUGUCCAAUCAUGGUGUGGGGUGUUUGAGCUAAAGCUUUAUGUUUCCGAGACACUGGAUGGCAUUAUUGAAUGUGAUGCACAUUUCUUGUUGUUUGUUUAUGAUGUGGAUACUGUAACUGUUUGCUUCCAAGCAGCAUCAUGUUGGUGCUUUUAACUCAAAGGAAUAGUUUGACAUUUCGUUUAAAAAAGAAAAUGUUAUUUCUUGAAAACAUCAGUACAGUACAGUAUGUCUAUAGAGUUAAAACUCAAACUAGCCAGGACCCCUUAGCCUAGUUUGGCAGUUGACUGAAAACGUGGACACCUCCUGGGGGUGGGGGGGGGAAACAAAACCGCGAUAAAUGAGGGAUUACUGUAAUUGAAUACUGUGUGAUCAUUCAAUAUAAUUUCUGACAUCGUUUCAACAACAUUGAUGGUGGAUAGAACAUGUAAGUUUAGCUAGUUGUGCCAGUCCUGCAAAAAGAAAUUGUUUUAGCAUAUUAUAUUAUGUUUACAUUCAACAUUUUUUUUUUUUUUUUUUUUUACCCAGCAGUUAUGCAAAGCCAAGGGGGCUCCCAACUGCAUGUAUG